UUACCAAAAUCAUCUGAAGCAUCAUUUCAAGAUAGCACAACCGUACCCGAUUAUUCAGCUUAUCGUACUUCAACUGAAGAUUCAGGUCGAGCGUUUUCUUACUUGAUGGUAGGAUCUAUGGGAUUAAUCACAGCAGCAGGAGCUAAAUCCUUAGUAUCCGAUUUCUUAACGAAUUUAUCAGCUUCAGCAGAUGUAUUAGCUUUAGCUAAAGUAGAAGUCGAAUUAGGUAAUAUACCAGAAGGAAAGAAUGUGAUUAUCAAAUGGCGUGGUAAACCGGUGUUUAUCCGUCAUCGAACUUCUUCUGAAAUCGAUGAAGCUAAUUCAGUAGAGAUUAGUUCGUUACGUGAUCCUCAAGCUGAUACUGAUCGAAUUAAAAAACCAGAAUGGUUAAUUAUGUUGGGAGUUUGUACUCAUUUGGGUUGUGUACCUAUUGGUGAAGCUGGUGAUUAUGGAGGAUGGUUUUGCCCUUGCCACGGUUCUCAUUAUGAUAUCAGUGGUCGAAUUCGUCGUGGACCAGCACCCUUGAACUUAGAAGUACCUUCAUACGAAUUCAACGAUGAAGAGGGAAAGUAA